AGGUGGUCUGCGGAGCCAUCAAAUGGCUCAUUCUGGAGAAGCAGAAACCAGACGGGCUUUUCCAAGAAGACGCCCCCGUCAUCCAUAAGGAGAUGGUGGGAGGUUACCACGGCGCAGAGCCCAGCGUGUCCCUGACCGCCUUCGUCCUCUCUGCGCUGCAGGAAUCCCAGAAGAUCUGCAAGAACUACGUGAAAAGCUUGGAUGGGAGCAUCUCCAAAGCCUCCGAUUACCUGUCCCGGAAAUACCAAGCCCUGGCUCGGCCCUACACGGUGGCCCUGACUUCUUACGCCCUGGCCCUAACGGGGAAACUCAACAGCGAGAAAGUUCUGAUGAAGUUCUCCAAAGACGGCACCCACUGGGCGGAACGCAACGCCCACACCUACAACAUCGAGGGGACAUCCUACGCUCUGCUGGCGCUGCUGCAGAUGGAGAAGAGCGAGCUGACGGGGCCGGUGGCCCGCUGGUUGGCCCAGCAGAACUACUUUGGUGGUGGCUACGGAUCCACCCAGGCCACCAUCCUGGUGUUCCAGGCUCUGGCUCAGUACCACGUCGCGCAGCCGAGGCAGUCGGAGCUCAACCUGGACGUGUCGGUGCUGCUGCCGCGCCGCGCCAACGCCGUCACCUACCGCAUCGAGAGCAGCAACGCGCUGGUGGCGCGCUCCGCAGAGGUACGGCGCCGUGUCACCCUGUCACCGGUGUCACCAUGGUCACUGGUGUCAUCCUUGUUGAUGCCACUCCAGUCCUUGGUGUCACCAUGGUCGCUGGUGUCAUCCUUGUUGAUGCUGCUCCAGCCCUUGGUGUCACCACUGUCAUCCUUGUUGAUGCCACUCCAGCCCUUCAUGUCACCAUUGUCACCGGUGUCAUCCUUGUCAUUGAUGCCGCUCCAGCCCUUGGUGUCAUCAUUGUCACCGGUGUCAUGCUUGUCACUGAUGCUGCUCCAGCCCUUCGUGUCACCUUUGUCACCUGUGUCAUCCUUGUCAUUGAUGCCGCUCCAGCCUUUGGCGUCACCACAGUCACCAGUGUCAUCCCUGAUGAUGCCACUCGAGCCCUUCAUGUCACCAUGGUCACCAGUGUCAUCCUUGUUGAUGCCACUCCAGCCCUUCAUGUCACCAUGAUCACCAUUGCCAUCCUUGUCAUUGAUGCCACUCGAGCCUUUGGUGUCACCAUUGUCACCAGUGUCAUCCUUGUUGAUGCCACCCCAGCCCUUGGUGUCACCAUUGUCACUGGUGUCAUCCUUGUUGAUGCCACUCCAGUCCUUCGUGUCACCACUGUCACCGGUGUCAUCCUUGUCAUUGAUGCCGCUCCAGC